ACUGAAUCAGGAGAGAUGACUUCCUAUACGGACAAAGGAGAAAAGCAUGAACAAGGCAGAUUUCUCAGCUUCCAUUCUGUAACACUGUGGGUUAGCAAUGCAAAACAAGCAGCUUCUUUUUAUUGCAAUAAACUGGGAUUCGAGCCAUUGGCAUAUAAAGGUCUAGAGACUGGCAGCCGGAAGCUGGUAACCCAUGUUGUGAAGCAGGACAAGAUUAUACUUCUGUUUGUAUCUGCACUUACUCCUGGAAAUGAAGAAUUUGGAGCCCAUCUACAGAAGCAUGGUGAUGGCGUAAAAGAUGUAGCAUUUGAAGUAGAGGACUGUGAAUUCCUUGUUCAGAAAGCCAGACAGAGAGGAGCUGUCAUAGUAAAGGAGCCAUGGGUUGAAGAGGACAAAUUUGGCAAAGUGAAGUUUGCUAUAGUCCAGACGUAUGGAGAUACAACCCACACUUUAGUGGAAAAAUUGGGCUACAAUGGUAUAUUCCUACCUGGUUAUGAACCUCCUCUGUUUCAAGAUCCUCUGCUACCAAAACUCCCAGAUUGCAAACUGAAUUUCAUAGACCAUAUAGUAGGAAACCAGCCUGAUGAUGAAAUGGUUUCAGUUGCAGAUUGGUACCAAAAAGCCCUCUUGUUUCAUCGUUUCUGGUCCGUGGAUGACAAGCAGCUUCACACAGAGUUCAGUGCCCUUCGUUCUAUUGUGGUUGCUAAUUAUGAGGAAACAAUCAAAAUGCCAAUAAAUGAGCCUGCACCAGGGAAGAAAAGGUCUCAGAUACAGGAAUAUGUUGAUUAUUAUGGUGGCCCUGGAGUCCAGCAUAUUGCUCUCAAUACAUCCGACAUAAUUACUGCAGUUUCCAAUUUACAAGAGCGAGGCAUGGAGUUCAUGUCAGUGCCUUCUGCUUAUUACCAGACCCUCCGAGAGAAUCUCAAAACUGCCAAGAUCAAAGUUGCUGAAGAUAUUGACAAAUUGGAGGAACUAAAGAUUUUGGUGGAUUACGAUGAUAAUGGAUAUCUGCUGCAGAUCUUUACAAAACCAGUUCAGGACAGGCCAACUCUAUUUUUUGAAGUCAUUCAACGUCAUAAUCACCAGGGUUUUGGAGCUGGAAAUUUUAAAUCCUUAUUUCAAGCUAUUGAAGCAGACCAGGCUGCACGGGGAAAUCUUACAGCUCUGACGCCAAAUGGAGAUCUGGAAUUUCUGUAGGACUGGAAGCCAAUGCUAAAAAUUUACUUACUAUUAUGCAUUCCAGAAUUCUCUUUAAAUAGGAAGAUGUAUGAUAAAUGAAAUGCACACUGGGAAUAUAUAGUGUUUUCUUCUUUAAAGGUGAAUACUGGCAUGUAUAAAAUGGUGCCAAGACUAUGCAGUACUUUGGAUGCUAGUGAUUGCAAAUAGCUCUUUAAACUUGACAGUACAGCAACAUUACAUUGCCAUUCAGCACCAGCUCAUUUAUCCAUGUAAACCACAAUAUUGAAUGGAAUUAAUGGAAUAUUUUCUAACUGUAGACAGUGACUGCAUUUAGCAUUCUCUCUGAGUUUUAUCAAACUGAACUCAUGUAAUUGGUCAAUUGAGCAACUUGUUAAAGUAGUGUCUGGGUAUCAUAGGUUCUAAGCACACUUGUUAGUAAAUGCUCACUUCAUGUUGCAUAGAUCUUAUCUCUUAUUGUAAUAUCAAGCAUUUAUUGUUUUCGCUCAUGGGAACAGGUGAGUGUGCAGCUUUAAGGGGACAUUGCUCACAGGAAGUUUGUAUAAUUGGUUAUAUAUGGGUGAUGCAAUAACACACUUACAUGAAAACCCACAAUAUUAGGUAUGAUUGUUUCCUACAAUAAAACUGUAUUGCAAUGA